AUGUCCGACCAAGUCUUUCUGGACAACUGCUUCACGCAGUACUUGGACACCAUCUAUCUGCAAGAAGUUACUGAUUCGACAAACGCUAUCAUUGACAAGGUCCUGGCUGAAGCCGGCGACGAAGGUAUCCUUGAAAUCGCGGUGGACCGAUGGCUGCGGCUGCAAGCCAGCAGUAAGGACUUGCUUUUGAUGGCGUUGGCAGUUCUGAAGCACUAA